AUGUCGGCCGAGGAUGGAUACGGGAAGGAGGUGAAGAAGAGCCAUCCCUUCCGCAGGAAGUGGGACAAAGAGUUCUACGAGAAGAAGGCCAGGGAGCGCCAAGAGGGCGAAGAAGAGGUCGAACCCGAGCAGGACCACCCGGCAUUCAAGAACCGUGGGCCGGUGCUGACGGGAGCGGGGAAGCCCGUGCUGCCGCCCCACCUGCGAAAGCCGCUCAAGGCGCGUGAGUACCAGGUCGACACCGAUGCCAAGCUCGGCAAGGCGCAGGUGGUCGUGCCCGGCACUGCCACGUCCAACCAGGCCGGUUUCUACUGCGAUGUGUGCGACUGCAUCGUCAAGGACUCAGCCAACUACCUCGAUCACAUCAACGGCAAGAAGCGUACGCUCUUCCCCCCCUCUGGCGCUGCGCUGGCCGCUACACGCCUGCCUGAAAUUCCAGGCGAGGAAUGGGCAAAAUGCCCCCAACAAGAGAGGAAUUUGAAAUAUGCGCUUUUUUGGCUCACACCUCUGGCUCUGCAGAUCAACGAGCGAUGGGCUUCUCGAUGA